UCAAGAUGGCUGAAAAAACUGUGUCCAUUUCGCAGUCACAAUCAAAACCUAUAAAAAUAAUAAAAUGGAAAGUUCGCGAAGGUCUAACUAUUCCAAUAGGUCGUUUAUUGCUUUUAUAUGAAAUUGAUGGGCCCAAAAAAGAAGAACAGCGGAAAUUAAAGUCAACACAAGCAGGAACAGUGCACAAAAUUAUUGCUCGAGAGGGCGAAACUGUCAAGCCAAGAGAAAUAUUACUAGAAUUAAAAGCAUGUUGCCACCCAACUAUCAUGAAUGAUAUGUGUGCAGAAUGUGGAGCAGACCUUCGUAAAGAUGAUAUAACAGGAACGGCUUCCGUUCCUAUGGUUCAUGCAAUUCCAGAUUUAAAAGUCAGUGAAGAACAAGCACAAAAAUUAGGAAGAGCAGAUAGUGACCGUUUAAUAAAAGAUCAUAAACUGGUUUUGUUGGUAGAUUUGGAUCAAACUUUAAUUCAUACAACUAAUGACAACAUACCUCCUAAUAUAAAGGAUGUAUAUCAUUUUCAACUUUAUGGACCUAACUCUCCAUGGUAUCAUACGAGGUUACGACCUGGUACUCAUAGGUUUUUAAAUAAUAUAUAUGACUACUACGAGUUACAUAUAUGCACAUUUGGAGCAAGAAACUAUGCACAUACGAUAGCAAUGUUCUUGGAUGCAGAUCAGAAGAUUUUUUCAAAUCGAAUCUUGUCUAGAGAUGAAUGCUUUGAUCCCACUAGUAAAAAGGCAAAUCUAAAGGCGUUAUUUCCUUGUGGAGAUGAUAUGGUUUGUAUAAUUGACGAUAGAGAAGAUGUGUGGUCUCAUGCAAGCAAUUUAAUCCACGUGAAACCGUAUCAUUUUUUCCAACAUACUGGAGAUAUAAAUGCUCCUCCUGGUCUUGACAAGCACGAGGAUGAUAACAAAGCUGGCUUUGAUUUAACGAAACUGAAGGAGAAGGUUGUAUUAAAUUCUGAGCACUUAAAAGAUAGGGAACUGCUAAUCACAAACGGCUCUACAGGAACUGAAAUUGAGGCUGCAAAGGGUAAUGAUUGUAGUAUGAAAAUUUCAGUUGAUAAAGACGUGAAGUUAAAUGGUAAUAGCUGUGACGAAAAUGAAAAAAUUGAGGAGGUAACAUUUUCCAAAAAUGAAACGGGUUGUGAAGAAUCUCCUACAGAUAAAAAUGAGAAAAAGGAAAACCAAAGGACGGAAAAUGUUGAUUCUGCAGAAGUACCACAGCAAGUUACCAGUGAUGUGAAUAAAAAUGAAAACCUCGAAACAAAAGCAAUAAAAGCACAAGAAAAAUGUGAUAACGAUGCCAGCAAAACCAAUACCGAAACAAAAGAACCAAUUCCAGAACCUGACAAAACUUCUGCGAAAGAAAAACCUUCUCAAGAAGAUAAUUUAAUCGAAAUAGAUGAUCCAGAUGACUAUUUAGUGUAUCUGGAGGACAUUCUAAAAAUGAUACAUAAAGAAUUUUAUGACCAGUACGACAAAAUGGAAUCGGGUGAAAUACCAGAUUUGAAAAAAGUUAUCCCUUUAGUCCGUAGCAACGUACUGAAGGGAUGCAAGUUGGUAUUCAGUGGGUUGGUACCUACACAUAUUAAACUAGAACAGUCCAAAGCAUAUCAAGUGGCGAGAAGUAUUGGCGCAAUCGUCACGCAAGACCUGGAAGACGACACUACACACCUCGUGGCAGUCAGGCCAGGGACCGCUAAAGUCAACGCCGGACGACGGAAGAAGAACCUGAGGAUAGUGACUCCAGAUUGGCUGUGGAGCUGCGCGGAGAGGUGGGAACAUGUAGACGAGAGGAUAUUCCCCCUCAGUAGCAAGGGUUCAAAAAACCGACACCCUCCUCCUCACUGCAGCAGUCCGGAUCACAUAACAAGUUAUCCCGAGCAUAAUACCCCCGCUUUGAGGAAGCGAACGCCCAGUGGAAGGUUUAUGGAUACGAUUAAUCCGCUCAUGUCAUUUUCCAGUGCGGAUAUAGCUGAUAUGGACAAGGAGGUGGAAGACAUAUUAGACGACGAAAGCGACAGUAGCGAGGAUGACCAGAAAAAAUUAGAACAGACGCCUGUAAAUCUCGUGAUCCCUCCACGAAGUAACAGCAGCAGCAGCAGUAGUAGUGAGGACUCCUUGACGGGAGAGUAUCCCAGAGGCUUCAAACGGAAAAGGCAAGAUGAAGAAGACAACGGUCUAGACGAGAACAAUAGCACAGAGGACGAAAUGCCAAGUAUUAAGUUUAGGAGAGGGGAAAGUGUGGACGAUGUGUUGGACAUGGACCAAGACGACACGCAGGAAAGUGAUAACAGUGUGGAACCUCCUGAUGAGGUGGACGACGGAGACUGGAACAUGAUGGGGGCUGCUUUGGAAAGAGAGUUCCUGUCAAAUAAUUAAUGUGUUUAGGAUUUCGUACUUCGUCUGACUGAUGUGAUUAUUUUAGAGUGACGUUGAGUGUUUUCUCAAAGCGUAAGAAACAGUCCAGCCUGUAAAUUAGACCGAAGUUAAGUCAUUUUAAGCGUAACCUUAUCAAACAAAUCAUUUUGUACAUUUUGUUUAUAUUUUUAACAUUCAUAUUUGCAGUAUAGUUCCGUGUAUUCAGGUCAAAAUAAAAUUAAUAUAAAAAUUGUUGUUUUCCUCAGAAUGGGUAUAUUUGUAGCCAAAAAGGAAACACAUUAAUUUUUUACAAUUGGGCAUUCACUUUAAAUUUCGUUACUUUAAUUGCAGCUGAAUAUAGGGUGUAACUAAAAUCCUUGACCAAACUAAAUAUGAGAGCGGAAAUGCUUCUUUUCCAAGAUACAGGAUGUUACAGUUUGAACAAAAAAAUAUUUAUUUUGAACAGAAAAAAGACGAUUUCCUUCCAAUUUGGUGUGCCGUUUUUCAUGUUUUUUAUACAGGGUGUCGCGCUUAAAUGUGAUACAAGUUUGUAGCUUCUUUGUUUUUUGACCGAUUUCAAAUUUUAUUACAUUUCGCGACAUCAUGGAGUGCUCGCCUGAAGAUGUAUCGAUUUUGAGGAAACCUGGUGGUGAGACGUUUUAAGGGAUGCUGAAUGAGAAUACAUAAUCUGUUUUUUGGAACAAAAAUUGCUGAUACCAAUCUGCUGUUUUGAUGUCAAGAAAACGUGUUCUAGUUGUUUAUGAAUUGCAUUAAUAAAAACAGCAGUAUCGCGGUUAGAUAGAGUUUUUUUUACCCUACAUUCCCAAAUAAGA